AUGAAAAAUGAUGGUUGAGCUCACAGUGACUCCACAGAAGGCCACGAUGAGGAUGAUGAGAUCUACGAGGGCGAAUACCAGGGCAUCCCCAGGAAUGACUCUGUCGAGAAGGCCGACAGACAGGUGGGCGAAGUGGGACAGUCUCAGUUCCGGGACAUGGCACAGUACGAGGGGGAAAGGAGGAAGGACCAGGAGGAGCUAGCCCAGCAGUAUGAGACCAUCCUCCAGGAGUGUGGCCACGGCCGCUUCCAGUGGACCCUGUACUUUGUGCUGGGUCUGGCCCUCAUGGCUGAUGGCGUGGAGAUCUUCGUGGUGGGCUUCGUACUGCCCAGUGCUGAGAAAGACAUGUGUUUGUCUGAGCCCAACAAAGGGAUGCUGGGUCUAAUUGUGUAUCUGGGUAUGAUGGUGGGUGCCUUUGUGUGGGGAGGUCUGGCUGACAGAAUCGGCCGCAGACAGACCCUUCUUAUCUCUCUCUCCAUCAACAGUGUCUUUGCUUUCUUCUCCUCCUUUGUCCAAGGAUACAGCUCUUUUCUGUUCUGUCGUCUGCUCUCCGGUGUGGGAAUCGGUGGCUCUAUUCCCAUUGUGUUCUCGUAUUACUCUGAGUUUCUGGCUCAAGAGAAGCGUGGUGAGCACUUGAGCUGGCUCUGCAUGUUCUGGAUGAUUGGAGGCAUCUACGCUGCUGCCAUGGCCUGGGCCAUCAUUCCCCACUAUGGCUGGAGUUUCCAGAUGGGCUCAGCCUACCAGUUCCACAGCUGGCGAGUGUUUGUACUGGUGUGUGCGUUCCCGGCCGUCGCCGCUAUCGCUGCGCUGACCACCAUGCCAGAGAGCCCACGCUUCUUCCUGGAGAACGGAAAACAUGAUGAAGCAUGGAUGAUUCUGAAACAGGUCCAUGACACCAACAUGAGGGCCAAGGGCUACCCGGAGAGGGUUUUCUCUGUCACCACUAUUAAGACGGUGAAACAGAUGGAUGAGUUGGUUGACAUGGGUGGAGACGCCACAGCCUGGCAUCAGCGCUGGAGGAUCAAGCUGACCAACCUCUUCCAUCAGGUGUGGGGCAACUUCCUGACAGUGUUUAAUCCAGAGUACCGGAGGAUCACCUACAUGAUGAUGGCUGUGUGGUUUUCCAUGUCCUUCAGCUACUAUGGGCUGACUGUUUGGUUCCCUGACAUGAUCAAAUACCUGCAGAAACAAGAGUACUCCUCACGCACAAAGGUCUUCAUCAAAGAGAAAGUGGAGCAUGUGACCUUUAACUUCACCCUGGAGAACCAGAUCCACCGGAAUGGAGAGUACUUCAACAACAAGUUCUUGAAUCUGAAGAUGAAGUCUAUGGUAUUUGAAGACUCUCUGUUUGAGGAAUGCUACUUUGAGGAUAUCACGUCAAGCAACACCUUCUUCAAAAACUGCACCUUCAUCUCCACCCUCUUCUACAACACAGACUUGUUCAAGUACCGGCUGAUCAACAGCAAACUCAUCAACAGCACCUUUCUGCAUAACAAAGAGGGCUGUAUGCUGGAUUUCAGCGAUGAGAACAACGCCUACAUGAUCUAUUUUGUCAGCUUCCUCGGCACACUUGCCGUCCUGCCCGGGAACAUUGUGUCAGCUCUGCUCAUGGACAAGAUCGGACGUCUAAGAAUGCUGGCGGGUUCCAGUGUGAUUUCCUGUGUCAGCUGCUUCUUCCUGUCAUUUGGAAACAGUGAAUCCGCUAUGAUCGCCUUGCUCUGUCUAUUUGGGGGCAUCAGUAUUGCGUCAUGGAAUGCCCUGGAUGUGCUAACGGUGGAGCUGUACCCCUCGGACAAGAGAACUACAGCCUUCGGGUUUCUGAACGCCCUCUGUAAGUUAGCUGCAGUUUUGGGUAUAAGCAUCUUCCAGUCGUUCGUGGGCAUCACUAAAGCGGUGCCCAUCCUCUUCGCCUCAGGGGCUUUGGCAGUCGGAAGCUUCUUGGCCCUCAAGCUCCCUGAGACUCGUGGUCAGGUGCUUCAAUAGUGCAGCGUUCCAGCAUGCAGGUGGCGGCGUUUGAGUUUGACCCUGUCCGUGAGUGAGCAAUGCUGGAAGCAGCCGAAACAAAUCCCACAUUUACAGAUAUCUUCAUUCCUCCAAAAUGUGCAAUUGUAUUAUUAAUUCGUUUUAAUUUGAUUUCAUUCAAAUCUACAUACAUAGAUAUGCUACAUGCAUAGAGUUUCACUAUCUCACAGGAAGACCAUGUGUGCGUGUGUAGAAAAACUGACAUGUUAAACACAUUCCAGCUUUGCGUUAUGGAAUGAAUGUGAAAUUUAAUUUGUGAAAUGUUCAUUUUGACUUUCCCUUUAAUCUUCAUCCAAGCCAUCACGUGAUUUGAAAACCAUCACUGAGGACCCGGGAAAUCGGUAGGUAGAUAUAUUUGAAUGGACAGUGUUGAUCUAGUGGUGCUGGUGAUGGUUAAUGUUGUUGCUUUACUCUAGUCCGUUGUGUCCCAAGAACUUAAAAAAUGUGUGAUCCCGUAAUUGUGUGCAACGUCUGCUCAAGCACUCCUCACUUUUGAGAUGUUUUAAUGCAUUAACACUGACAUCACAUUACUAUAGACAGUGGUUCGCUCAUUUUUGGUUUUACUCCAUCUGAAGAAUUCGGUUGUUCUUUCAAAAUGUCUGAUUAUUGAUGGUGUUGUGCAUGAAAUUAAGUGUGACGAUUCAUAAGAAUAUGCUUGAAGAUAGUGAACAUAACCGAUGAAAGUGCUCUGUAUUGUGCUACUCUACCUAUGAUUCUUUGGACAUGAUGUAAAAUAUGAGCUAAGUGACAUGAUGGGUUAUCAUUUGUAUGAUUUAGUAUGCCAUUAUUCAUAUUUUGCAUUAUUGUUUUAUGCUAUCAAUAUAGAGUUUGUGUUCCUAUUGAGAUCAACAGAGUAGCUUCAGUUGUGUCGCUUUUGAAUGUGCGCAAACAUUGAGACGAACGUUACAUUCGGUUUUCAUACAAAAAAUCCAUUUAACACAUACGAAAAACUAAAAUAAAUAAAUAAAUGAAGCACAAUGUGAUUUGAUUAAACUGUCAAAAACAAUAGUUUUAUUUUGAUGAUUGUCAAUUAUGUAUUGAAUAUAAAUAUAUAAAAAUUAGCUGUAAUUCAAGUCUGUCUGUUUGAACACUCAAACUAUUAUUAAAUAUACCAACAUAUAUAUAAGAAAAGAUAUUUACAUGUUCAAAUGUUGAACUAGUAUCAACAUAUGUCUUAGAUUCCAUUUGAUGUAUGUAUAUACAGUUUAUCUGUUCAUUAGUGGAUUUCAUUUUUUUUUAUCAAAGCAAAUAUAUAUAUAUAAAAAAAUGACUGAACAAGUCAAUACACUGAUUUGCAGCACACACAAAUGCCCUCCUUCACGUUUUCUCUUGUGUUCUUGUAAAGAAACAGAGGUAUCCGUCUGUGUGUGGGUGUGUGUGUAAGAAUGGAAGUAUGUGUGCUUGCAUGUGAAAUGUUGAGUGUUCUCUGAAUAUUUGUAUUUAUUUAUAUAACUGUUUAUGAGAGUUUGAUUUUAUAGUAUUUUUUACUUUGAGUAUCUGUAGAAACAGAUGCAGGGUGAAUUUUUUGCUGUAUCAUUGUUGACCUGAUGUUCAAUUCUUUGGUGACUUGGUAGCAGUAACUGAAUAUAGCAUCAAAAAGAAGCGAAAGUCAAAACCCAAUGGAUUUUAAAAAUGAAGCAACAUUUGAUGGGAAGCAAAAGCAACUUGUCCAAUUCUGCUACAUUUUACCAAGCACAAUUAAUACUAGUUCCAUGGAAUAUCAUGGAAAACUGGUUCAAUAACCAGAUACUGAAGCAAAAAAGACAAAACCCCCUCUGGCUGGAAGCUAUAUUUCCGCCCUGUUGCUUGUAAACACAGCCAGCGCUUACACG